AAAACUUACUUCAGGAAGUAAGAGUAACAUGUGUAUUUGUUUACAAAAAAGAUGAAGUGUGUGACGAGGCCUAUCGGGCGAUAUAUCACUGGUCGUCUGCUAUAGAUCGGAGGCGGUAAAGCUGGUUCACAGGUUCGCCAAUGACGGUGUCCUCAAAAUCUAAACAUGAUUUGUGGGAAAAUAUUGAACGAUUUGCCAAGGUGGAUUGUCAUUGCAUUAUGGCUUGGAGCAAACAUUGGGGUAUUUGUAGAAGCAUAUUUGAGAUUUGAGACAUCCAUUGAUUACUUCUAUACCAGGAGAAUACUGGGGCCUGCCCUGGCCUGGGCCCGAGCCAGUGCAGCCGCCCUCAACCUCAACUGCAUGUUAAUCCUGUUGCCUGUGUGCAGAAACUUCAUCUCCUUCCUAAGAAGUUCCUUCAGGGUUUGCUGCAACACAAACAUCAGACGACAACUGGAUAAACAUAUCACCUUCCAUCGCUACAUAGCCUAUAUGAUUGUCCUACAGACAGUGAUUCAUACAGGAGCUCACAUCUUUAAUGUAGAACGAUACUUUGAAUCUUACAACAGUCGGUCAGAUGAGGAUAAAGACCUGUUGCGAGCCCUUAAUGCCUUGGGACCUGAAAAUAACAACACCUACCUGAACUUCAUCAGGGAUGACACAGGGGAUGUUAUACUGGAAACACUCAAGGUGGUGGCCGGUGUCAGCGGGAUAGCCAUAACUCUUGCCCUAAUCAUCAUGGUAACAUCCUCAACGGAAUUAAUCAGACGUUCCUAUUUUGAAGUGUUCUGGUUUACACAUCAUUUAUUUGUGAUAUUUUUCCUUGGUCUCGUCGUUCAUGGUGUACAAAAAAUUGUGAGGCGACAGUCAAACACAGAUGUCCAUAACCCAGAGCAGUGUUUCCAGAGAUUCAACGAAUGGAACACAAUUGCUGAGUGUCCCAAUCCUCAGUUUGAAGGACUCUCUGCCAAUGCCUGGAAGUGGACACUGGGGCCCAUCCUACUGUAUAUUAUAGAGAGGAUCAUAAGGUUCUACAGAAGUCAACAAAGAGUAGUAAUAACUAAGCUGGUGAAGCAUCCAUCAAAGGUGUUCCAGCUACAGAUGCAGAGGAAGGGUUUUAAGAUGAGUCAAGGCCAGUAUAUAUUCCUUCACUGCCCUUCUAUAUCCAGACUGGAGUGGCAUCCCUUUACUCUCACAUCCGCUCCUGAAGAUGAUUAUUUUUCUGUCCACAUCAGACGAGUUGGAGACUGGACAGAAGCUCUGGCCAAGGCAUGUCAUGUGGAUGAUACAGAGGUUCAGGAGCAAUGGAAACUGCCCGGAGUAGCAGUUGACGGUCCAUUUGGAACUGCUACAGAGGACAUUUGCUUGUAUGAGGUGGAUGUCUUUGUGGCUGCGGGAAUAGGAGUAACACCAUUUGCUUCCAUACUAAAACAUAUCUGGUAUCUCCACAUGGAUUCCAAGGCAGAAAUGAAGCUAAAAAAGGUCUAUUUCUACUGGGUGUGUCCCGAUACUAAUUCCUUUGAGUGGAUGCAGGACCUGCUUCAAGAAUUUGAUCAGCAGCAAGGAGGUGUUCCUGAUAAUGAAAAGUUUUUACAGUACUUCAUAUACCUCACCCGAGGUUGGGACAAAAACCAGGCUGAGAACAUCAUCCUACAUGAGAAUGAGGAUGAGAGUGACCCAGUUACAGGACUUCAGCAGAAGACACACUAUGGCCGUCCUAACUGGAAUGAAAUAUUCAAAGGUUUAGCUGCUGAAAAUAAAGGGACUAGUAUAGGUACUUUUUUCUGUGGUCCGAGCGGACUGUCAAACACCCUCCAUCAAAUGUGUAACAACCAUUCAGAUGCUGGGGAAGGCACCAAGUUCUACUACAACAAAGAAAACUUCUGAUGUAGCAGUCAUCUGACAAUGUCACCGACACAUCUUACAUUCAUCAACGUUCUGCGCUCUCAGUCCCCAGUGUAUCCAUCGCCAAAUCAUCAAGUCGGACUGGCAGCACAAAGAUCAUAUCCAAAUUAUUUUGUACUUCAUAUCUUGUUUAUAAUGUGAGGUGAUUUUAUUUAAGUAUAAUGUGUUUUAUUCAAUUUGAAUUUUGUUCGACAGGUUCUAUAUCACAGAAUGUUUGUAGGUCAAAAUGGCCAUCUUUCUUGGUUUUUAAAUGAGGAAUGUGUGUAUAAAUGUCAUUUGUUUAAGCAUAAGAAAGUGUGUCAUAGGUGUUAUGUCCAAAUGUAACUCUUGGAAAGAGACUAAAGCAAAUAUCUAUGCAAUUUAAUAUUGUCUAAAUGAGCAUGUUAGGUAACAACACCAAUUAAGUAGGCCAGAUUGUUUAUAUAAUAUACAAUGUUUGACUUUCAGGUCAUUUUAUUUAACCACAAUAAAAUAAAUCCACAUUAUCAAACCAAAGAAUAUCAGAAUUUGUAAAACCUACAAUUACUGCAAAUAUUAAAUCCAUACCUAGUAUGCUGUCAUCACGUACUAUGUUAUGUGAAUCCAUAUCUCAUAUGCUGCCAUCACAUACUGUUAUGUGAAUCCAUAUCUCAUAUGAUGUCAUCACAUAUUAUAUUAUGUGAAUCCAUAUCUCAUGAUGUCAUCACAUAUUAUAUUAUGUGAAGCCAUAUCUCAUAGGAUGUCAUCACAUAUUAUAUUAUGUGAAUCCAUAUCUCAUGAUGUCAUCACAUAUUAUAUUAUGUGAAUCCAUAUAUCAUAGGAUGUCAUCACAUAUUAUAUUAUGUGAAUCCAUAUAUCAUAGGAUGUCAUCACAUGUUAUAUUAUGUGAAUCCAUACCUCAUACACUGCCAUCACAUACUAUGUUGUAUCACUUGAUACACUCACUGAUCUUACACUUACAGUAAACCUAACUGAUGAUCUGGUCGUUAACAUUCUACCAACAUAUACUUCGAUCAACUCACCAUUUAUUUCUGAUUAUUAGAUCACUUCUAGAGGCACACAAUUGUAUUGUAUGAUCUUCAUUUACAGGUGAAAGCACCAAGUUAGUCCUAUUUGAGGUGAUUUUCCUAAUUUUGAAAUUUAAUUUCAUUUAUGUGACUAUAAUGUUUUAAUGAAGGACAGAUGUGUCUAUAUUGACAAUGUCCGCAGUAAAGUCAAGCCAAACAUACUUCCAAAUUAUCACAGAUUCCUCCUAGAAACAAAACAUUUCACCUUUAAUUUCAUUUUUGGUAUCUGUAGGAUUUCAUAAAUUUAACCAAGCCGGCAUCUCAGGUAGUGCAAAUGGUGAUAUCAUCUGUUGUAAAGAGGAUAACUAUGAGCAAUAUGUAUUGUCUCAGCUUGGUUACAAGAUUUAGGUGUCAUAUUUGUGUGAGUUAUGAUGUUAAGCUUAUAUAAUCUGUACUAUUCACAACAAAACAUAUACCAGUAUUACACUUCAUUUGUAAAAAUAUACUGAUUGGACAUUUAACAAGAGCUUGCCAAGAUACAAGAUCAAAAUAUACUAGUAAAUACUCAUGUGUUUAAAAGGUUAUAUGAAAAAUAAUAAUAAAGGAGGUGGUGCAUGGCGGCCCACGGCCGAAUAUUAUUUUAUGCAUGAUAUUAUGAUAGACUUACCAAAUACAUGUC